AUGUGUCAGUCACAGGAGCCAGAGGCCAGACUGGGUCUGAGUAGUCCUGAUCCGCUAGUGAGAGAGGCUUUUCUGAUGGCCCAUGACUACAUAGACUAUGUAACCAAAGGGGGGGCAGAUGGGACCAUGGGUCCUGCCCCCUCAGCCUGCACCGCUGCCCUGCGCCAUGCUGGAGACGAGCUCCUCACCCGUUUCCCCAUCUUCUUCAGGCGCUGGCCUCGUGUCUUCCAGGAUGUGGCGGAGAACACAGCCUGCCCUAUGCUCAUAAGCAUACUUGAUGAACACUUCUUUCCCCCUGUCCCUGGGGGGCGCCAAAGGGACUUGGCCUGGAGCGCAGUGCUGUCAGUGUAUGUGCUGGCUGGCCAGAUGGCUCUGCAUUGCCAUGAGAGGGGAAUGAUGGUGGUCUUGCCCCAGCUGAAGGAGUGUGUGGGGGCCUAUGUAGAGAGGGUCAUCUGCCCUGAAAUACAAGACAAGGGAGGAUGGAGUGGUUUUGUGUCACGCUUUGGAGAGAAGCAGGACUUGGAGGGCCAGGUGAAGAAAGUGUGCUGUUGGACACUGCUAACAUUGGCCACAAGUAUCCUCACCUACUUGUUGUGGAAAAGAAUGGCUUAG